UGGGCACAGGUGGGUGGCACUGGUGGGCACAGGUGGGUGGCACUGGUGGGCACACAGGUGGGUGGCACAGGUGGGUGGCACUGCUGGGCACAGGUAGGUGGCACUUCUGGGCACAGAUGGGUGCACUGCUGGGCACAGGUGGGUGCACUGCUGGGCACAGGUGGGCGGAACUUGUGGGUGGCACUGCUGGGCACCGAUCAUCAGGGCACUGAUCAUCAGUGGCCCUGAUGAUCGGUGCCGAUCCUCGCUCUGAUAACUGCCGGUUCUCGGCAGUACUUUCCUCACGAUCUGACAGCGUGAGGAAAGUGCAGCCGAGAACCGGCACUUGCAU